AUGAGUACAAGUUCACUACGCAGCCUCUCGUCGCGGGCAGGAGGCGGCCUACCACGAAACCUCGCCGCUCGUCCCACCACCACAGCCACAUAUGGCCGCACAGCUGCCUACCGACGGAUAGCAUCAGACUUCAGACAAUACAGUGAAGCAUCAUUACAAUCACGACAACAUGCUGCGCCUACGAUAUUACCUCCUUUUGCGUUGCGAUCACAUUUCUUACCCACAUCAUUACCAGCGGCUGGAGCCUCACUAAGACACAUAUCUUUCAAGGAGCUGAGGGCGGCCAGAGCGAAGGAGAGGGCUCAGGAGACUGCCUCGGUGCCACAGCAACCACAGGAACCCGCGCAAGCCAAGUCAGAACCAGCAGCAGCAUCAAAACAGGCGGCUUCCGAGCCACCGAAGCAGGAGACAUCCACCUCCAGUGAGGCCGAGGCAGCUUUUGCGAGUGCGAGAGGAGAAGCCGAGCGACAGUGGGCAAAGGAAGAAGCCCGGCAACGAAAGGAACAAGAAAAGGAGGAGCAAGAGGAGAAGACCGAGGGUGAGGCAGGCGAGGAAGGAAAAGACGGCGAGCAGGCCAAGCAAAAGAAGGAGAAGAAAGAAGCCCCUCCACCCCACGGCAGCAAAACACCCUGGCAAGUCUUCACCGAGACCCUCCAAGCCGAAUUCAAAGCCAGUAAAGAAUGGGAGGAGAGCACCAAGCAACUAAGCGGCAGCAUCACCGACUUCACCCAAAACCCCAACGUCAAGCGAGCAGCAAGCGCCUACAGCAAAGCAGCCGAAGUAGCCAGCUCCACAACCGGCAAAGCAUUCCUAGGAACAGCGGGCGCGAUCGGACGAGGAGCAGCCUGGACCUGGCAAACCCCCGUAGUCAAAGGCCUCCGCACGGGCGCCGCAGCCGUCGGGUCCGGCGUGGAAAAAGCCACCCGCCCCGUCCGCGAGACCGAGGCUUAUAAAAGCGUCAAAGACACCAUCGACGACGGCGCCUCCCAACGCUACGGCGGCUGGACGGAAAAAGAAGAACGGAAGCGUCGGCGGGAGGAGCUUGACAAGAAACUCGGCCGGUCCGCCGAACCGCAAGAAAUCUUCGAAGAGGACCUCAACGCCGGCACGAACGUGACUCUACACAAAGAUGCCCAAUGGAAAGAAUCCUGGAAGUCCUUCCGCGACAAUUCACCCCUCAUGCAACGCUUCUUCGGCAUGGGGAAUACCUACCGCGAGAGCGAGAACCCGCUCAUUUCCACCGCACGGGGUGUGACGGACAGGAUCGCGGGCUUUUUCGCGGAAAACGAGACGGCGAUGGUGAUUAAGAAGUUCCGGGAGAUGGACCCGAGUUUUCAAUUGGAGGCUUUCUUGACCGAGAUGCGGACGUACAUUCUACCCGAGGUGUUGGAGGCGUAUGUGAAGGGGGACGUGGAGACCCUCAAGCUCUGGUUGAGCGCGGCGCAAUAUCAAGUCUACGCCGCCCUAAUGGCCCAAUACACAACCGCCGGCCUGCAAUCCGACGGCCAGAUUGUGGAUAUCCGCAACGUGGACAUUCUAUCCGCGCGGAUAUUGGAACCAGGGGAGAUCCCGGUGUUUGUGCUCAUGGCCCGCACCCAGGAGGUGCAUGUUUAUCGGAAGAAGAAAUCGGGGGAGCUGGCGGCGGGGAUGGAGGAUAAGGUUCAGCAGGUCACGUAUGCGAUUGGGGUUACCCGGAUCCCCGAGGAUGUGCAUAAUCCCGAGACCAGGGGGUGGAAGUUGAUUGAGUUGCAGAAGAGUGGGAGGGAUUAUAUCUGA